AUGGUCUCCGCCAAGCUCAUCCUAUCCUACCUCGCCCUCUCCUCCGUAGCCACGGCCGCCCCUCCCCCCAACAACACAGACCUCUACUACGCCGACAUCACCACCAUCGACACCAACGUCAAGAAACUCACCGCCAAAGCAAAAUCCUACACAGGCGGCCUCAUCUGGCUGGUGCCUCAGAUCCCGCUCGCCCUGCAAGCGGCCGUCGCUACCGCCAACGCGGGCGUCCACUCAUCACGCAUGCCUAAGCCCUUGCCUGUGGAGGACCUGCUCCGUCUGACGGAGCAUGUGAACAAGACGCUGGCGGUGGACAAUCCCAUUGCGGUGGACACGUUUAUCGCCAAGAAGGCUUUGUAUGAGGAGGCGGGGCUGAAGCUGGCGAUUCAUUUGAGUCUCAAGGUGUUUAGGCGCUGCAGCUGCGUGUGGCGGAUAAUAUUAUGGCGAGGGUGCCGAGUGAUGCGCCGAAGGAUAAGGUUGAGAUUGCGAAGAGGGAUAUUCAGAUUAUUACGGAGGCGUUGCAGAGGGGUAUUAAUGCGUAUGCGUGAUGGGUUGUGUUGUGAGAAUGAAACAACUUUGUGUUGUGCAAGAUGCUCGAAGGUGUAG